CCCGGGCAUGCGGACGCCGGUGGCGAUGACGCUGGGCAUGGUGCUCGCGCCCUGCGGGCUGCUGCUCACCCUGACGGGCACGCUGACGCCCGGCUGGCGGCAGGUGAAGGGCUUCCUCAACCAGCCGGUGGACGUGGUGCUGUACCAGGGCCUGUGGGACAUGUGCCGCGAGCAGAGCAGCCGCGAGCGCGAGUGCGGCCAGCCGGACCAGCUGGGCUACUUCAAGGCCGAGCCGGUGCUGGUGGCACGGGGACUGAUGCCCACGUCGCUGGCCCUCACCGCCCUGGGGCUGCUGCUGGCGUCGCUGGGCGUGCGCUGCUGGUUCUGUUAA